UACGGCGUGCGGCGUCUCCUUGAGGUUGAAAGGUGGAGCCUGAUGGAGUUCCUCUUCAUGUCACGUACAGUUAACCUCAGUCUUUAACGUUCAUUGUGAGCGCGAGCAUAUGUGUGUGCUGUCAUGACUGACCUCCACCAGGCUCUUAUUUAGUGUUUUCUGACGGUGUUAAUGAUGACCCGGACCCAGUGGCCUUUUCUGUGGACUCUGCUCCUGGUUCCAGGGUUUGUUCUCGGUGAAAUUGCGUUCCUGGAGCGGCACGAGGGCGAGUCCGUGGUUCUGCCGUGCGCGGUCGAACCGGGGGCGCAGGCGCCCUACGGCGCGUACCUGAAGCGCGGCUGGCUGCGCCGCGGCGACGUGCUCUACAUGUACACCGCCACCGCGGCCACGGUGUUCGACGACGCCGACAGCAACCGCACCGCCGUGAGCGGGGACCCCGCCGACCACGCGCUCAACGUGACCGUCUCCCGGCUGAGGCCCAGCGACACGGACCGGUACCGCUGCGAGUUUCUGGUGAACAACCCGUCCUCCGAGGACCUACGGGUGCCGGGGAAGACCGAGUUCUUCCUGCUGGUUCACGCAGCCCCGGCGCCUGCGGUCAUAGAGCUGGUUCAGACGUGUGCGGGGGGCUCGGCCGUGCUGCCCUGUGUCCCCCCGCGAGGGCAGCGCUCGGCCGCGGAGGCGGUGACCCUGAGGCGGCAGAGGGCGCGUGAGCCCGUGGAGCUCCUGUACACCUCCAGCCACCAGCACCACGGCAGCAGCUCCGCCUCCCCCGGCGCCCGGUUCCCGGCGGAGAACGUGCGCCUGUCGCUGACGCCGCGCCCCGGCGGCUUCGCCUACAACGUCACCCUGCGGCGGCUGCAGCCGGACGACAGCGCCCUGUACAGCUGCCAGCUGCACGCGCACGGCGGGCCCGACGGAGGCGCCGGUCUGGGGGGACGCGCGUUCUUUGUUUCCGUGCAAGGCGAAGCGUGCGGCUGCUCCGGCCACUCCACGCUGACCUACGCCCUCUUCUCGGCCGUGGCCGUCCUCCUCCUGCUCCUGCUCCUGCUCGGGCUCCUGGUGGUUUUCAAACGGAGGAAGACGCGCCGCGGCAGCAAGUCGCGCCCUCCCGCCCCCAUCUACGAGGAGAUGACGGGGGUGCAGCCCCUCCGGGGCAAGCGCGCGCCCGGCCGCCUGGACGAAACGGACGCCUCAGAGUACAGGAACUGCAGCCUGAAGAAACCCUGCCCCGAAAACUAUUACGAGAGGCCGAGUGGAGCCCUGAGCCCCCGCACCGAGGCCCAGAAGUAACACCUCAGCGCUGAAGCCUGCACGAGACUUGAUAUAUGUGAUAUGGUGUUUGAACACCUGGUUAUAAACGCUCGUGAGAGUUCUAUGAUGUGCUUCACAUCAAACAUGAGGGAUUUUUGUACAUAUAUUAUAUUUAUCCAAAAUGCUAUUAACUCAAUUUAUUACAUUGUUAUUGAAGAUAGAAGGUAUAGAUUUAUAGAUACUCAUAUGACUUUGAGGGAAAUUUGAAUCUUUUUAAAUAUAUAUAUAAAUAUAUAGAUUCUUUUUAUCUUAAGUGAUACUUUUCUUAUUAAAGCAUACAUUUUCAUAC